GCAACAGGUACUGUCACCUUUGCUGGCGCCGCCGUCGCUGCCGCUGCAUAUAUCGAUGGCAAGUUUCAGGUUCGCAAAGACUUACGUGAUCUCUGGAAUGUCAAGAGGGCUCAAUUUGAAUGGAACCGAGCAGACCAAUUGAAACANGUCAAGAAAGGAGAAGCCUCGCUCUGGAGUCAGUUCGAGCAACAAGUAGAACGUCUGCCUUCUUCCACAAGAUGUCUCUGGUCCAAAACUGGAUGUUAUACCUGGUCCGAGACACACGCUCAAGCCUGCCGCUAUGCCGAAUUCUUCUUGUCCAAAGGAGUCCGCCCUAGUGAACCAGUUGCCGUCUAUCUCCAAAAUUCGCCAGAGUUUAUGUUCACCGUGCUUGCCACAUGGGGUCUUGGUACAGCUCCAGCGAUGAUAAACUAUAAUCUUACUGGCGAUUCGCUGCUACAUUGCCUCAAGAUUAGCAACAGCAAAGUCCUUGUGGUUGACGAGGACGCUGGAUGUCGACAAAGAGUUGAGGAGUGCCGCGACAGAAUUGAGCAAGAACUAGGUAUACAGAUUAUCAUUCUUGAACCAUCGACGAAAGCAUCGAUCGCUGCUAUCGAUCCAACGCGACCAGACUCUCGUUACAGAGAACAUGUGGAUGGGGAAACACCUUUCCUCGGAAUCUACACUUCGGGCACUACUGGACUCCCAAAGGCGAGUCACUUUCACCUCGAAAGACUAUGGUUCUUAGGCGAUUAUCGCAGACGCCUCACAUAUCAAAGCUCGGGACCUGAUGGAGACGUAUUUUACAACUGUAUGCCUUUGUACCACGGUACCGGAGCUGUGCUCGCUGCCGGUUGCUUAGCUUCUGGUAUGACGCUGGCCAUUGGACGGAAGUUUUCGACUUCCGGAUUCUGGGACGAGGUCAGAGAAUCUGGAGCCACCGCUUUCGUGUACGUGGGAGAAACUGCACGCUACUUGCUCUCCGCACCACCCUCGCCUAGAGACAGAGACCACAACGUUCGUCUAAUGCACGGCAAUGGCAUGAGACCGGAUGUCUGGAGGAAGUUCCAGGAAAGGUUCGGUGUGACAGAUGUUAUGGAGUUCUUUAAUAGCACUGAAGGUGUCUUCACUCUGAACAACUACAGCCGAAACGACCAUUUCGCAGACGCAGUUGGGCACCAUGGAGCGAUUUUCCGAACGGUGUUCAAUAACACCUACGUCCCAGUCAAGUUGGACUAUGAGACGGGUGAGAUCUGGAGGCACCCAGAAACUGGGUUUGCACAGCGCCAGCCAUAUGAGGAAGGCGGAGAGAUGCUGGUCAAGGUUCCUGAUGAAAACGUUUUCAAGGGCUACUGGCAUGCUCCCGAAGCCACAGCGAAGAAAUAUGCUAGGGAUGUCUUCGAGAAAGGAGAUCUGUACUACAGAUCUGGCGACGCACUUCGAAGAUCAUCAGAUGGCAAAUGGUUUUUCAUGGACCGUCUAGGGGACACUUUCCGUUGGAAGGGUGAGAAUUGCAGCACGACUGAGGUCGCUGAGUGUCUAGGAAGAUUCUCUUCCAUCAAGGAAGCUAACGUCUAUGGCCAUGAUGGCAGAGCAUGUUGCGCUGCCGUUUACAUCGAGCCAGCUGAUCGUGCUUCCUUCGACUUCGAAGCCUUCCUCUCCCAUUCGCGAAAGUUGCUUCCCAGAUAUGCCGUACCAUUGUUCCUGCGCUUCGUACAGGAUGACCAAGCGCAUACCAUGCACAACAACAAGCAGAACAAGACUCAACUCAGACGCGAGGGAGUAGAUCCCGAGAAGGUCUCUCAGGGAACAGCUGGCCCCAAGGAUACACUUUACUGGCUGCCACCAAAGGGCAAUACCUACGAGCCGUUUGGUGAAGCGGAGUGGCAUAGUAUAGUAGCAGGCAAGGCAAAGCUGUGA